AUGCCCGAAACACGCUGUCCCACCGAAUCUGAGCUCUGCGACGCAAUGCGCGGCCGGUCCGUCACGGCGGGUUGGGACGUAGUCGUUUCCUACCGCGUCUCCCGCCUCAACGAGAUUCUUGGCAGGCUCUGGGAAAAGGGAAAUCUAUCCGAUAGUAUCAAGAUCAAUGUCCCACACACGCAGGAUGGUGUGCGGAUGCUAUUUGACGUUAACCUACUGAGGCCGACCCUUGAUUUUGUCCUCGAUGGCGCUGCAGAUGCCCAUCUGCAGAUGGGAUUCGAGGGUUAUUGCUACUAUUACACCGGGGAUGUGAUAUCCAGCAAAACGAGGAUAUUCGCCGGUCAGUACGAAAUCGGGUUUCAGGUCCCCCUCGUCAGCAUGCCCGCCGCAAGUGUCAAUGGUAUCAACCCUGCAAAUUGGGUCGAUCCCUCCGGGCACCCGGAGAAGCUGGGCGGCCUGGCAGGCGACACGAUCGCCUUUCUCGACCCUCACGACCCACACGCAACUCAAAACAUUGUCUUUAAAUUCCAUGAUAUCCCCAAAAAGAGCUGGGUGCUUCACAGUGUUGAUGCACAAGGCAACAAAAAUCCCAACGUAGACCUGGAUAUGUCUCGAUUCUCCGACGAGCUGCACACUUGGUUCGUUAAAAGUGUCAGGGCAGUAGACUAUACCGUUGCAAGAGUCACAAAUACAAAACCCUCGGAUGAUAAAACCACCUACCUCCGGCCCCAGGAGUUUGUCUUUGCCUCCCAUGGCCAGGGGCCAUCAGCCGUCCUCAGCAUCUACAUGAAGACGGUCGAUAGUGGUUUCGCCUCCGGCGACAAAGCGCCGCAGUUCAAAUUCACGACUCCCAACGGCGUCACUGUUGAGCUCCCAGUGCCCAAGGACUCAGAGGCAAGCAUUAUAAUCCGCCACGAGCUCAUGCGAGAGAGACUUUUCCUCCCCCAUCUUAAAAAGACCUUUGAGAUCAAAGACGACAACCCGGAUCCGGUGUCGAACGAUUUGGGAAAUGGCGAGGAGGGCUUUAGAUUUAAAAUCAAAGUUGACCGAAAAUGGAUCAAAGGAAUGGAGAACCCGUUGGGGCACCUCUGGAUGAGUAACAUCCUCACCCCCCAAUUCCUUAUCGACCUCAAACAAAGCCCACUUACCCUCACCAUCAGCGGGGGAAAAGCUCACUGGGCUCUUGACUACACCAGCCCUCGAUUAGGGUGGCAACGCAACUUCCACUUCGGCGGAAAGGGCCUUAUAGGCGCGGUCAUUGUAGAGGCCAAGGUCAAUAAGGAGAUGCCGAUACUCUCAUCGAAUGCAACCCUAAGCUCGACACCUCUGACGUUCAAGGCGUCAGAUAUUAAAAUCACGAUAAAGGGCGCGCCUCAGAUAAAGCGGGAGCUGAGUUUCUUUGAGUCGAUUUUCGCCGGGCCUCAGUAUGACCGAAACAUCUGGGAUGAUCAUGUUCCGGACGAAUGCAAGAAUCUCGAGGUUGGAUUUCCAGACUUCAGCAUUAGUCUUGCGAGCCUGGAUUAUGUUGCCACCAAGAACGUCUUUGCUUCCUCACAGGAUAUUGUACAGAUCAAUACGGGCAAGGGGAUGCUUUCACCCCACGAUGUCAUGUUGUUAGGAAGGAUUGCCGACCCGUAA